AUGCGGAGAAUAGAGAAAGAAAGCGCUUUUGAAAAGGCAGAUAAAGUGGUCAGAGAACAGAGAAGCUGGAAAAUGAAGUUCGCGCCAUAUACACAAAAGCAAGGAAGCAAGCAAUUCUAUGACAAGUCUAAUUGUACCUCACAAUCACUAGUCCAAGGGUCCAACUACAUUUGCAGCCCAAACAACUCGGAUUGUAAAACUUACGUAGUCUAUAGGGCUCAAAAGAAUUUCAGCUCUCUCUCUUCCAUAGCCUCUCUUUUCAAUUUAAGUAAAUCAGAUCUUCUUGAUACCAACCCUUUCAUCGAAGAUGACUCUAGGAGUCUAUCACUCGGACGAGAGAUCAUCAUUCCAAUUAGCUGUCACUGCCUCGGUGGAUUCUCUCAGGCCAUCUACAUGUACAAUUUUUCUAGCACAGAUUCGGUUUCUACAGUGGCCUGCGGAGUUUUUGAAGGAUUGGUAAAAACACAAACUCUGGUUGAGAAGAACCCAUACUUGGGAGGCUAUGAACCUGAUGCUUAUUUGAUCAAUGUGCCUAUUCGAUGUGCUUGUCCUGAUUUGAAACAGCACAGCAAGGGUGUAAAUUAUCUUGUGACGUACCCUAUUAUGGAGGGUGAUCACACAGACUUAAUUGCUCGUAAAUUUGGAAAGCCUGAGAAAUUGAUCUGGGAUGCCAAUAAACUAGAGCCAUAUGACGCCAUUUUCCCUCAAACAACUUUACUCGUUCCCACGAAGGAUUUUCCGGAUGUGAAUUGGAAAAUUGGCUCCGUUCCUAAAAACUCAUCAAGUCCAAAAGCAGUGAUUCCUUUGAAGAAAGUUGUGCCAGGCGGAACAGAAAAAUGGAAUUCCCACGUAUUUCUUGGAGCAGGUGUUUGUUUGGCACUUGUUACAAUGGUUGUAGCUUGUGCAGUUUCUAUAAAAAUUAGGAGAAAAGUUCAUCCUGGAAGUUUCCAGCCUCUAUCUGCCAGAAGUUCAGUGUCACAUAAAGUCUCACCUGACUUUCUCGAUGGAGUGUCCAAGUUAAAGCACUUACUGAUCAAUUAUAGCUUGGAGGAGAUCAGGACAGCAACUGAGGAAUUCAACGAGGCUUCAAUUAUCAGCACAAACAUGUAUCGUGGUAGGAUUGGUGGUUCCUAUGUAGCAGUUGAACAGAUGGAUUAUGAGGAAGCUGCCCGGAAUGUCAUUGACAUAUUGACAAAGAUCAAUCAUCUAAACAUUGUGAGGCUUGAGGGUUUGUGCCAUGGAAGCAAGCCUUAUCUUGUGUUUGAGUUUGCUGAGAAUGGUAGCUUAUGGAACUGUUUAUCAAACAUAGAAUCGGAUACGCAGCUCACAUGGGCAAGAAGGCUGCAGAUUGCCUUCGAUCUAGCAUCAGCCCUUCACUACCUACAUCAUUCCACAUCACCAGCCUUCGUUCAUCAUAACAUAAACAGCAGAAAUGUAUUUAUAACCAUUGAUUGGAGGGCUAAGAUUUCUGGAUUUAGUUUGGCAAAACCUGUCACAAAUGGUGAAAAUAAGCCUGAUGAUCUUACUAAUGGCCAGGUAUCCCUCAAGAUGGAUGUAUUUUCAUUUGGAAUCGUUUUGCUCGAGUUGGUAUCAGCAAAAGAAGUUAUCGCAGGUGGGAAAAUUCUUAAGGAUUCAGUCAAUUUUUUGCUUGACAGAGAGCUUGUAGGUUCUUCACAGUUCUUGGAGAAGUUGAGAGAAUUCAUGGAUCCAGUUUUGGAGGGGGAUUAUCCAUUUGGAGAUGCUAUAUGUUUGACGCUCUUGGCAAAGAGCUGUAUUGAGGACGAUCCUGAUCAUAGACCUACCAUGAAUGAUAUUCUGAUAGCUCUUUCAAGAAUUCUCAGAAGCGGAGAACGCAAACCUUCUUUACUUCCUGGUGUCAUAAAGAUAUGGGCAAACUUCAAUGAGCGUACGCAACUAGAUAUUGCGGAGCAAUUCCCUCCUAUUUGA